GUUCUACACUUUGCCCUUUGCUUCAUCUGCUCGUGCCCCCCCCCACCACGUCACUCACUAGGGCAGCGAAACCGCCCAACAGGAAUUGUUCAAUGAGUAACUUCUUCGCAAACUCGUUUCAUAUUCGAAGUCUUCGCAAGCGGCGAGGGACAUUUGCGAUGGCGCGGGAGGUCGGGGCCUGGGAGGUUUUGGUGCAAUUCUCGAGGUGCGUCUCGGGAUCCUACUGCGGCUACUGCGGCGGCGACACGGGCAAGUGGAGCAGCGGGAUGUGGGCCCAUGCCUUAACAGUACAUGAUUACCAGGAUCUCAUAGACCGGGGCUGGAGGAGGAGUGGCGAGUACUUGUACAAGCCCAUCAUGGAUAAGACCUGCUGUCCUCAGUAUACCAUACGGUGUCAAGUUCUGGAUUACCGACUCUCCAAGUCCCAAAAGAAGAUUCUGAAGCGAAUGACCAUGUACCUUACGAAUGGAGACAUCUUACCCACUGAGGUGCCCAUGGACGAGCACCCUUCUGCGUGCCACGUGCCACAUCCGGUGGAAAAGCCAUGCCAACUGGACACGGUGAUUGUGGGAGAAGUCGACCAAUCUGACGGGGCUUUGCCGAAGAUAUCUGGUUCAUCGUCCGAAGAGAGGGCAAAGAGGCCCCCCAAACCUGGUGUGGGCGCUGACCCAAGCCGCCCAAUGGCUCGUAAGGCCAAGGACCUGCGCAGGGAAAGGAGGAUGCUGAAACAGCAGAAGCAGGACGGCAUGGAGAGUGGAGACCAAGCAUCGGGCAGCUCUCAGCCGGAGUCCUCCUCUGCUCAACGUCUUUCUGCAUCGCCUGCUCCGUUUCCAUCCGACGGCCUUGCGUCCGACGCUGGGGCACUCAGCAACGUGGAGAAGGGAAUGCGUUUGGCCGGCCUGUCGCACCGGCAGGCCGGGCAGCACCCUGAGCAACAAGCACCAAAUCAGCCAAAGACCUUGGAGGACUUUGUCACUAAGCACAAGGCGAGAGAUGGCAAGCACAAGCUGGAGUUGAGGCUGGUGCCAUGCUCGCUAGAGAAUGACUCGUUUAGGGCCUCGUUUGACGCGUCGGCGGCUCUCUAUGCCAAGUACCAGGCGGCCGUGCACAACGACGCUCCGGAGCAGUGCUGCUCUGAGGAGUUCAAGCGGUUCCUGUGCAACUCUCCUUUCAAGGACGAGUACGCGACAGAUGGCCCUGACGUGGGCUAUGGCUCGUUCCACCAGCAGUACUGGGUGGACGGGCGUCUGAUCGCCGUGGGUGUCUUGGACAUUCUCCCACGCUGCCUGUCCUCCGUGUACCUCUACUACGACCCCGACUUUGCCUUCCUCUCCAUGGGCAUCUACUCCGCGCUCAGAGAGGUGGCGUUCACACGGCAGCUGUACACGCAGGCGCCGGCACUCCGCUACUACUACAUGGGCUUUUACAUCCAUUCCUGCCCCAAGAUGAGAUACAAGGCCCAAUAUGGCCCAGCUGACCUGCUGUGCCCGGAGACGUACUCCUGGGUCUCUGCGCCGCAAUGCCUGCCCAAGCUCGACGUCAAUAAAUACUCGCGGCUCAACGCGGACGCCAGCGCAGUGGACGAGAACCACCCUGGGGAUGACCUGGCCCGCCUGCUGGUGCUCUACAACAUGCACCCCAUGCUGUACGGGCGCUACCAGCGGCUUGGCGGCGAGGCGGGCCGCGACGACGACGGGGAGGUGCGCGAGUUCGCCGGGCUCGUGGGCCGCGCCUGCGCCCAGCGCAUGCUGCUCUACCGCCAUUGACGGCGCUGCCACCGACGCCGCCGUCACCGGCGCCGCCGGUCACGGCGGCGCCGGUGCGCCUCGGGAGAGAACGGACGUGCGGUUUUGGGGAGAAUCGCGGGCUCCGGGCCUGAAGGAGAGGGGGGGGGGGACGGCAGCGAUGGCGCGGCAAGCGGCGAGACGUUACGGGCUCGGUGCAGGCGGCCAAUUCGCCGUUGCCCCAUUGGCCAAAACGGGCCAACGCUGUCGGCUCGUCGUCCUCCAGGGGGGGGCCGGUGCUGGAACGGCACGAGGUCGCAAGUCACGGGCACUCCGACCAACAUGCAUGCCAACAGUUGCGGCAGUAGAUGCACGCCAUUGCCUUAGUUACAAACCGGUGUUUAUUUUGUGUGUGAUUGAUGGGUCGGGUGAGGCUGGAACCUGAGGGAUUUGAUGAAAAAUAGAGAAAGAGGUGACAGUGAUCUAGUAGGAUUGUUCCAUCAUGAUCCAUUUGUUUCUGCUGUGCUGGCCACCGGCAUGUUGUUAGACCAGAGCCUCCCGAUUCGUUUGCCUUGACCAUGUAACCGUUGGGAUUAUGCGAUUGCCGAUGUUCUCUUGGCACCUUGCCGUUACGUUGUGAUAAUUCCGCACGUCUGUGUAGGUUUCUGCAAGUGGUAAUCCAGGGGUACGUUCAAGGGGACAAUUGCAUGCCGGCCGUGAGUGAGUAGAGGCGGUUAAGUAAUCAACAUGCGGGGAAUGUGCUUUGUUUGUGUCUAAUGUAUACGCAUAAACACCUGCACGUUCAGACAAUUCUCGAUUAUCUGGGAAAAUGGGGAGGGGUGCCCCAGAAAAAACAUAACGAGGGACAUGCAAAAACCUGUCAAUUUGGCCGUGAAAAUGUAUUGAGGAUGUGUCGUCUGGUUUUAUCGCUCCGAUAAAUAAUCGGUUCAUUUGGCGACGCGGUCGAGAUCGGGCACCGAGUCACCAUCCUGCGAGGAGCGAGGAGAGGAGCAAAUUGAACGAAGCGCGAUUGAUCCACAUCCCAAAUAAUACGCCAACGGAAUAAUCGAGAAUUGACUGUGUGCUUAUUAAGUCUGAAUUUUUUUUAUUGAAUUACAUAUAUAGAUAUGAACAGUGACCGCUUAUCUUACUCCAUUAUUCAAUUGUCAUGAAUAACAUAAAGCAGAUGACACUAUCUUUCCUUUUUACAUUUUAUUUUUGUGGCAUCGAAAAGAUUCACGUUUUGCCAUAUGUCUUAAGGUUAAUAUUUUACGGAGUAUGUGUGUGGGCACAGUGGGAGUAAGCAAAACAAAUUCAAAAUGAAAAUGCUGUGGAGAAAGUUUAUUGUGAAUGUGGGUUACAUUCUGGCCAACGUGCUGAGAAGACAUAUCUAAAAGAAAAAGGAAUUGGCCUUAAAAGAGUGUAUCGACUGCGGUUUUCAUUUAAGUUCAUGGCAAAUGGUUGAUCUUUUUUCCCGUGUGAUUCUCUUUCAUUUAAUUCCAGAGAUUUACCAAUAAAAGGUUUCAUUCA